AUGGUUAUUCCGAAAUCACUGAUUAUCUUGACGGCAUGGCAAGUGUCGACACGGCUAGCCCUCGCUGAUCCCUUGCCAUGCGGAAGCAAGUCCGUCAGAGCUGAUCCUCCUGCUGUUUGUAAGGGGCCUGCCCCUCCUAGUCGCGACGACGGAGUGAUCACCAUGGAACGAGACUUGAAGGUGAAGCAGGAGAUGAGAAAGAGAAGGCAAGAAGAAAGUCCUCAGAUGACAGCGACGAACAAACGUGCUGCUAAGAGGAAGACAUCUUCUGAUCAAGGAGAAUCCGCAGGCAAUCAUGCCAGGUCGAGCUGGGGCGAGUCGACGAAGACAUCGUUCAUGUCGCACUUCGAGAAGAGCAAGGUCAAGGGAGCCAGCAGGACGUCUCUCGAGUCUGACAAGUCCGGACAUGAAGUCGAACAAGGCAAGGUGACUGCUAGCGCUGCAGUCAGCAAGCACAGGAAAGCCAGUCAUCCGGAUCAAGGCAAUAACAGCAAGAAACGACACGAAAGGGGGCCGAAAGGGACAGAACCCACUUCCAGCAUUCACAACCAUCCAUUCCCGACUGAGUACGGGGAUCACUUCGAGACAAGCAAAGUCGCGAUUCACGAUAUAGCGCCGAUCUUGCAACAAUUCGCCAAAGUGUCUGGGAAACAAGCUUCCUCCCUGGCUAUUUAUGAUCCUUAUUAUUGCGACGGUGCUGUCAUCGAGCAUUUUCGCCAGGAAGGCUUUCAUAACGUGCACAAUCUGAACGUGGACUGUUACCAGGUCUGGAAGAGUGCAACAACCUCGAGUGAUUUCGAUAUCGUCGUGACGAAUCCCCCUUUCUCGGGCGAUCACAAGCAGAAGUGUUUAGAGCAUUGCGUCAAGAGGGAGCAAGCGUGGAUGGUGCUGCUUCCUGCAUACUGCGCAACCAAGAACUAUUUUCAAGAGCUGAUGAGCAAUUGGAAGGAAAGAGGAAAAGUGUUCUACGGGAUACCGAAGGUAAGAUACGAUUUCGAACACCCAGAAGGCACAGGCCAUGCUGUCAGCCCCUUUUUUUCGAUCUGGUUUGUUUACCUGGGCAAACAUACCGAAGAGAUCUUCUCUUGGUACAAGAAACGAUAUGGCGACGAAGGCCCUCUGAAGCUCGCGCGCACUGUAGAGGACCUUGCAGCCAACAAAGCUGUAGACAACAGAAAGAGGCUGAAUCCUCGACAGCGUGCUGCUCUUAAGAAGAAGAAACAGAUCCUGCCCUGA